AUGGCCGCAGAGAGAUCCGGCGGUGGCCGACGGCGCGCGGGGACGGCGGCGACGGCGGCGGAGGGUCGCCGGGGGUUGAGGGAAAGCGGCGCGGCCGAUCUAGGGCUGCUUUACCUAGCGGGCCCUGAGCUCAAGUCCGCUCGGUCUGGGUUGACCCGAGUUGGCCGUGGCUUGCUCGGACGGCUCCGGCGGCGUGCGCAGGCGGCGGGGACGGCCGGUGACGGCACCGGAGGGGAAGCCUCGGCCAACCAUAGGCUCAAACCAGGGGUGGCUUCCCGAAGUCAAGAGGCCGCGGUGGGUGGAGAAGGUGGUGAUGGAGAUGAUGGAGGAAAGGGAGGUGGAGCUUUUCCGGUGGCCGGGGUUGCUCGCCGGCGGCAGGGGUGCGAGCACGACGAGGGCAGGGAUGGGUUGAAGUCAUCUAGGGUUUGCUGGGGGAGGAAGGUUCAGAGACUUCUCUCUAUUGAAGCUGAUGGAUACCAAGAAUGA